AUGCCUUCUUCAGUCAAACAAUUGACUACACUAACGGAGAACGACCAUAUGCAUAUCGGUUGUAUCAACCCUACGAACGCCGUCUAUGAGAAAGUGAGUAUCGACUUGUUUCGCUUAUUCGAAGCUCAAAUCCUGAUCAGGAAACAACAUGCCCUUGUAUUCUUGGAAGCUGCAAUCUCUCGUGCUCAGCCAGCUAAGAUCAACAUUGAAACUCGCUAUUUCGGGAUACUGGCUCUACCUGACUUGACAACCAAGCAUCUUGGAGUCGAGGUUUCUGGUUCAACGAUAGACCUCUCGCCGAAAGAGGUUGUUGUGCCAUGGCAAUCACUGGGGUAUCACAGCCACCCGUCCCCGUAUGGACACGGAAUCAGCCGUGAUGAGGUGUCACCUGUCAGCGCGAUUGCGCCAUUCGGUGCUUUAAGUUUUGACACAGUUCCCAAGGUGGUUUGGACCCUGUACUACAACUCGGACCUAGCGAAGGAUGAAGGUGUGCGAUCACACCAGAGAAACUAA